AUGAAGCGAAAUGCCAGCAAAAAGGGGGGUGGCAACCUCGAAGGGCUGCUCAUGUUCGGCGAUGCGCUACCCCCUGAAUUGGUGGCUGGUGCUAAAGCCUUGGGCAUGGGCGGAAUGGGCUUUGCACAAGGACUGCUCGCAGAGGGCGGCAACGUUGGUGCAGAUGAUGGUGGAGGAGAGAAGGCGCCUGAUGCGAUCGAUUUUGAGGACAUGAGCGACGGCGAGGUGGAUGACUUUGAGGAGGAUGAGCCCGAAAUCAAAAAGGAGAAGGAAGAGGAUGCCGAGGAGGUGAGGGCGAAGGCUGCUGAGAUGGCGCGAACGCUCAAGUCCAAGCUGGCUGCGGGUGCCGCGAAGAAGGGAGGCGACGACUACGAUGACGACUACGACGCCGACUCAUCAUCGCUGCCUAGCUUCCCCGCUGCCGCCCUGCACGCCAACGGCGCAGCACCAAAACCUUCGACCACCACAAUGCCAACUGCUGCUGCCGCAGCGCCACCGUCGGCCGCCACCGUGUUCGCCUCGCCUCUCCCCAUCAAGCAAGAGCCACACGUCGAUGCCGGCGGGAUGGGACUCGACGAGAUGGAGAAGGCUCUUUUCAGCGAUGAGGACGAGGAGGAGCCCAGCGAGAUGGACGAGGACACCAGCAGCCAGCUGUCCCGGGACUCGAUGCCGCCACCAGCCGCCGCCGCCGCGGGCCAGAUGAAUCCUGCCGACUCGGGUCCGGUGCUACCGCCGGCCAUCGCGGCCGUGCUGAGCGGCAACGCCAUCGUUCUCACGCCACGUGGCCGUGGGAGGACGAGAUCAUCUGGGACGAGGACAGCACCAGCACCAGGCGCCGCCAAGGCCCAGCUGACCGAGCCGGUGCCGCAGCAGUCGGUGGUGGUCCUGCGGGCGUCGGUGUCGGAGAGCGAGCUGGUGGGGACCAAGGCCGCCGUCGCGGUCUCGCCACCUUUGCCCGCUGCAAAGGCCGGCCAGUGGGGCGCCGUCGACCAAAGCGCCAAGCCCGCCGCCGCGCCGGCGGAGAGCUCGACCGCCACCAGCGAGGUGCUGGAGCAGCUCGAGGCCGAACCCAUCGUCGAGCCGCGCGAGUGGUCGCUCUUCCCCGCCGUCAACGAAGACCUGGCCAGCGGCGACUGGCUGGACGCGGUGAUCUGGGACGACCGCAAGGUGCCGCCGGCAGCUGUAAAUAAUCCGCUCAUCUUCGACCUGAACGACAAGGAGAUGCUGUUUGAGGAGAAUGUCAAGAAGCCGCUGGAGGACGAGGAGCAGAUGAUCGGAGCCGAGGAGGAGGGCGUGAAGAAGGUCGAGCGGCGGAGAGGCCGACGGCCCAAGCGGAAGAUCAGCGAGAUCGCCAGCAUCAUCGAGGACGAGGUCGAAGAGGAUCUCGACCCCUUCAACUACUCCCUCGACCGCAUCUAUGCCAACGCCAGCCGCGCUCUCGCCAAGAUUCGCCCCAAGAAUAUGGGCAAACCGGUGGUGCAGCAUUCGAUCCCGGCGCUCAAGCUGUCGAGCUUCAAGACCAACUUCGCGCCCGAGGACCUGCGAUUGUUCCACCGACCACGGACCAGGCUGCCCACCUCCAAGAAGAUCAAGGUCACACCGGCGCCCAUCGAAGGCUCCCGCACCAACCCGCGAUUCAAGAAACAAAGCGGCACCAUUCGAAGGAAGCGAGAACUAUCUGGCAAGGACGGGCGGGUGGUUCUUGCCGAGUAUCUGGAGGAACGCCCACCGGUGCUCAGCAACGUAGGCAUGGGCACAAAGAUUUUGAAUUACUAUCGAAAGAAGGAUGUCAACGAUAUUCCGCCAGAUAAGACGAGAGAGGAUGGUGACAUGGUGCUCCUGGAUCAGGCGGACGAGUGUCCGUUCCUCGGGGAAGUGCCCACGGGCGACACGGUGCAGAUGAUGGACAACAACCUGUUCCGCGCGCCCAUCGUCAAGCACAACGCGCCCACGACCGACUUUUUGCUGGUGCGGUCCAAGAACAAGUUCUACAUCCGCGAGAUCCCGGCGGUCUACGCCGUGGGCCAGGAGCAGCCCGUGGCCGAGGUCCCGGCGCCCAACUCGCGGUCGGCCAACAACUUCAUCAAGGCCCGCCUGCAGACCUUCAUCUAUCGCCUCUUCAAGAAGCGGGCCAACCAGCAGCGCGUCCGCAUCUCGGACAUCUGCAGCGCGUUCCCGUCGCACUCGGAGACCUCGAUUCGCAAGCGGCUCAAGGACUGCUCCGACUUCCAGCGCGGCGGCGACGACAGCGGGUGGUGGACCCUCAAGAAGGACUUUGAGAUGCCCAGCGAGGAGGACCUGCGCGCGAUGCUCACCCCCGAGACCGUGUGCGCCUACGAGAGCAUGCUGGCCGGCCACCAGCGCCUGCAGGACUGCGGCAUCGAGCACACGCACAACGCCACUGGGCUGUCGCAGGCCGUGGCCCAGCUCGAGGCGGAGAGCGGCAAGAAGCACAAGGCCGCCGCGGCGUUCGUGAAGGAGGAGGUCUACCUGGCCCCGUGGAACACCACCGGCAACUUCCUCAGCGUGCAGAACGGCAAGGGACAGCUGCAGCUCACCGGCUUCGGCGACCCGACCGGCACCGGCGCCGGAUUCAGCUACCUGCGCGUCCCUCAAAAAGUGCAAGCCCAGCAGAAAAAGGCGCAAGUACCGAAGACGUCGGUGACUGGCACGGACGCCGAUCUGCGAAAGCUGUCGCUGGAGAACGCGCGUCUGGUGCUGCUCAAGUUCGGCGUGUCGGAAGACGUCAUUGAGAAGCUCGGGCGGUGGGAGCGGAUCGACCUCGUGCGCGAGAAGUCGAGCGCCGCCGCCGCGGGCGGAGACGACCCCAACCUGACCAAGUUCGCCCGUGGCCGGCGGUUCAACUUCCAGCAGCAGCAGCAGGUCUACAAGGACGAGUGCGCCCGCAUCUUCGAGAAGCAGCUGGCCUUCCUGUCCGAGCUCAACCCCGACGACAUCUCCGACGACGAGGAGGACCUGCAGGACAACAUCGAACUGCAGGACUUUGCCGGCGAGAUGGAGCGCGAGCUCGAGGCCCUGUUCGGCGGCGACGACUCCAACUCGGAGGCGCCCGAGCUGCCGCCGCCCAAGCCCGCGCGCGGCGCGCGGCCAUCGGUUGGCGCCGGUGGCGGACCGCGCGCGCUGGGCCGCAAGCGGACGCUGGCCCAGCAGGAGGCCGAUGAGGAGGAGGCCGAGCGGCGCGAGCUGCAGAAGUUCAUGGAGGAGGCCCGCGAGAAGAAGCGUGAGGAGGCCCUGGCCGCCCAGGCCGCGGCCACGCCCGUGCGACCUGCCGCUGCCGCCGUGGCCAGGCCGGUCACGCCCGUGUCGCUCGCACCCGUCACGGCCGCCGCCGAAAGCAAGAGGGAGCCGUUCUCGCCCUUUAGCGACUCGUCGCUGGACGGCUUCCCGUCGGCGUCGGAGGGCGGCGUGCCGGGCGGCUCGCCGCGAGGGCCGUCGGCGUCGGAGGGCGCCGGCGCCGGUGGUGGCGGAGAGCUCAAGAAGCCGACGCGCAAGUUCAUCAAGCGGACGGUGACGAAGAAGGGGCCGGACGGGCAGCCGAUCAAGGUGGUGGAGAUCAUUCGCGACCCGAAGAAGGUCGAGGAGUACAUGAAGAAGUCGAAGGCGGCCAAGAAGAACCGGCCCAAGCUCACGGCCGAGGAGGAGGCCGAGAAGCAGCGCGUGCGCAAGGAGAAGCGGCGGCUGCAGGAGCAGCUGCGGCGGCUGAAGAAGAACCGCGAGAAGCAGCGCAUCCUGGCCGAGCGCCUGGCCGAGGGCAACCGCGACGGUACCCUCUCGCAGACCGAGGGCACCAACAACCAGCUCGUGUGCGGCGCCUGCGGCAUGGUGGGCCACAUGCGCACCAACCGCAACUGCCCCUACUACACCGAGGACCAGGCGGCCGGUGCCGGAGCGACGGCCAAGGGCACCGGUGGUGGCCCGCGCAAGGGCAAGCGCCGGCGCCGCAACGUCGACUACGACGAGGACGACGACGAUGAGGACGAGCUCGACUUUGAUCUCGACGACGAGGACCUCCUGCUCGACGACGACCUCGACGAACCACUGCUGCUCGACGAGCUCCUGGCCGAGGAGGAGGCCGAGCUCGCGGCCAAGGUCGCGCCGCUGGUCAAGGUCGAGGGCACCAAGCUGCGCUUCCCCAAGGUGGUCCUCGCCGCCGUCACCCCGACGGCCGGCAGCACCCCGACCACCUCCAUCCCGGCCUCGCCCAUCUCGGUCGUCGACGUGGUCUCCCCGCCGUCCGCUGCGCCGCCCACGACCAUCGAGCCCGCCGCACCCGCGCCCGGCGGCAGUAGCAGGCGACCCUCGAAGCGACCCAAGCUCGAGCCCACCACGCCGCGCACCCCCGCCCCCGCCGCCCCCUCUUCUGCUGCGACGACCCCCAGCCCGACGGCACCGCCGGCACCCAGCAGAAGCGCGGCCACCACGCCCGUCACGCCCACCAGCGGCGGUCACGUCGCCACGACACCGACCGAGUCGCCAGCGACGCCCGGCGGCGAGAAGAAGCUCAUUCUGCGGAUCAGCAAGAAGGACCUGCCGCCGGGCGCGCUCACGCGCAAGCGGCCGGUGUCGGAGCUGUCGGAGCCCAACUACAUGCUCAACCCGCCCAAGCUGCCCCGCGUGCGAAGUCGGAAGACCGGCCGCGGGGCGGGCGUGCAGCUGGCGGCCAUAUUCGAGAAGGCCAUGCUGCGCGUCAAGAGCCACGAGUACGCGCCGCCCUUCCUGCGGCCCGUCACCACCAAGGAGGCGCCCGACUACCACAAGUACAUCAAGAAGCCCAUCGACCUCGGCACCAUCCACAACAACGUCAAGACCUUCAAAUAUUUAUCACAGAAUGCGCUCAUGGCGGACAUGAAGCUGAUGGCGUCCAACUGCCACAAGUACUGCGACACGCGGUUCCCGCAGCUCCCGCCCCUGGCGGACACCCUCGUGAAGAUCUGCAUCGAGGCCCUGCGCGAGAACGAGACCGAGAUCCAGGAGCUCGAGGCCCUCAUCGGCGCGCAGGGCGAGGGCGAGGGCGACGACACGCCCGCGCCCGCCACCCCUGCGCCCGCCCCGUCUCGCUCGCGAUCGAGCGGCGGCGGCGCCAGCGGCCACAAGGCCUCGGCCUCGGCGUCGACCCCCUACACGCCCAAGUCAUCAUCGUCAGCCUCGGCGUCAUCGUCAUCGGGCGGUCGCUCGUCGCGUCCGUCAUCGAAGACGAGCUCGCGGUCGGGCACGCCGCGGUCGACCACGCCCUCAUCGUCGGUGCCGGCCUCGCCCUCGGCGUCGUUCCACUUCAGUUCGUCGCCCUCGUCGCCAGUGCAUUCGUCGUCGGUGCCGCGCGUGACCUCGACCGCCGGAUCGACCAAGGUCAAGAUCAAGCUGCCAGUCAAGCUCCUGCGCAAGGACGACUAA